AUGGGGCUCCUCGACAGCAAGUACGACUCGCCCGCGCCGCCGUCGAGCUGGUUUUGCUCGCGCCUCCCCAUUUCCUGGCGGCGGUGGCUCUCCGUCGCCGCCGCCGGAAUCAGCGUCUUCACGAUGGGCGGGCUCUGCUUUGGCUUUGACUCCAUCUACCCCGUCCUCUACUCGAGCGGCGCCUUCGUCGACUACUGCCCGGCCGAGCAGGCGGCCAUCUGCAGCGCACGGACGGACGAGCAGCGCUGGCUCAGCUGCUGCGACUCGCAGGUCUCGGCCAUCGUCAGCGUCACCUCCGUCUCGCUGUUUGGAGCCGACGGCGUGAUGGUGCUCUACGGAGAGCUGACGGACCGGCUCGGCCCACGCUGGUGCAUGUCGGUGGCGCUCUCGCUCGCCUACCUGGGCAUCAUGCUUCUUGCGAUCGCCGGGUACUUCGCCUUCCCGAUGCUUGGCCUCGCGGGCCCGGGCAUCUUUAUGGCGGUCCUGUCGUUUGGCGAGGCGCACCGUGCAGCUCCCGUCUUUCCGCGCCUCGAACCGGUCAUCACGCCGCUGGCCGCGUCGAUGUUUGACGGCUCCGCCUUUGUCUUCCUCUUUUGGAAGCUCCUCUUCUUGCAUGCCCACGUGCCACUGUUCGUGAUAGCGGCCGCCUGGCUUCUCCUCACCGUGGCGGUGGGCGGGCUUGCGUGGUCGCUGCUGCUCUCGAAGCGCAAGACGGACGCGAUGCGCGCGGAGCACGAGGCCCGCUCGAGCGAGCUCGCCCCCGUCUCGGGUAUGGCCCAAGCCCCCGCCAUCGUGUGGCACUCGGAAGGGGACGGGCUGCGGCAGCUCUUUUGCAGGACCGACACCGUGUUGUUGCUCCUCUUCAUGUGUACCGCCAACCUGAACCAAACCUUCUACAUCGAGACCUUUGCCGACCAGAUCCGUGCGCUCGGCGCCAGCGCUGCCAUGCUACCCGAGCGCGCCGAGGAGAUCGUCGAGCUCUUCGACGUCAUCUUUCCUCUCCUCUCGCUCGGCACCACGCCCCUCGCAAUCUUCCUCGUCAACCGCUACAACGCGCGCGAGCACGUCUAUCUGGGAGUGGUGGUCGGCCUCUCUUGCCUCUUUGGCCUUGCGCAGCUGAUACCCUUCCACGGGCCGCAGCUCGCGGCCGCCAUCCUCUUUGGCCCGGCGCGCACGCUGCAGUGGGCCUGCUACUUCCACUAUCUCGCCUCCCCGAGCCGUUACCCGCCCUCUGCGAUGGGAAGGAUGGUGGGGUACGCAAACUUGCUCAUCGCCUGCUUCGGAGACAUGCCUCCGUACCUGCUCAACACCUACAUCCAGCACGGCACGCUUCCCGCCGACAAGUCCUCGCGCUACGUCGCCGCGCACGCAGCCCUCAUGGUGGUCGUCGCCCACCUCUCGGUGGCGCUGCCGCUGCAGCUGUACGCCUCCCACCGAUCCGCGUCGAACAGGCUGCUCCAAAACAGGGGGAUUAGCAGCGCCGACCUCUCCGAGACGCUCGAGCAGCUGCCCUCCAAGAGCGAGGGUGACGAUCAGUCCGGCUGCGAAGAGGUGUCCGCGGCUUGUGAGGAUGGCAAGAGCAGCGCCCGCCCGGAUUGGAUCGAGGUAUGA